UACAAACCCUUAGCCGUAGCAGCUGUGUUUCAAUAGAAAGCGGCGGAAAGAAAGGAAAGAAGAAGAAGAAAAGAAAGCAGCAGAAAGAAGAGAAGAUCUUCUUCCGUUUGGAAAGAUGACGCAGAAAUCGAAUUUGUUCAAAGGUCAGCAAAAGAAGAAGACAAUCCCUCCCAAUCGACAUGGAAAAGCUCCUCCUACUCGCAAAGGGAAGAGAUUCGUGAAGCCCUCCAAGAUAACCAAUGAGAUGGAUGCUGACCGAGAACUGAGCAAAUUUAUAAACCAUUGCAAUGAGGUGAAAGCGGCCACUGCUGCUGGUAAGGAAGGAGGUCAGCUUAGUAUAAUAAAGGCAGAAGCAUCAGAGUCUGCUCCAGGAAAGAAAUAGGAAAUGCUGCUGCAAGGCUGCAGACAUGCAGGAAAGAGUCGGCAAAGACUGCCUGUGUCAACAGUUGUAGAGAGUUGGAUUUGGUUGCGUAAAUUCAGUGACCCUGCAUACAGAGUUAGGAAUCUGAGGAAAUAGUGAUGCCCUCAUCUUGGAAGGUCUUUUAGGUAAACUCUUCUUUUUUGGAUGUGUAUGAAAGUUAACAUGAUUGAAAUUUGAGAAACAGAGAUGAAAAUUCAAUGUCAUUAUAAUUUUGGUACUCACCACCAGGAAAAAGGUAAAUAUGGUGAAUGAAGCUUUUAGGAAUUAAAGUUAUUGAUUAUUUCCUUUCAAAUGAUGAAAUCAGAUACCCUUUUAUGGGGCUGUGGUCAGGCCCGCCCAAAUGA